AUGAAAGGAGAGAGUAAAGGGGAGCAGGAAAGGUCGGACGCCGACGUUUCUGACGUGUCGUCUAGCACAGCAGAAAACAACGGAGAAACUGGGCCAUCCAAAACUAAAAAAAGACGUCUAGCGCAGCACACGGAUCAGGCACCAAGCCCGAACGCUAACUCACAAAGCAGCUCAAACUCAACGCCAGUAAAUCACACACCGAGUCCAAAAGACCCAGCGACAGACUCAGCAAGCACGACGCUGCUGCACAAGAUACUCAACGAGGGAGUAUGCAUCGAUGAAAUACUAGCAAUGUCGCGCACAGGAAUUAACGUCAAGUUCAAAAAGUCGGAGAUAAAGAGAGUAAUAGACUCAGUGGACCAGCCGAAGAUACUGGUGGGUCAGUCUAAGCCAUAUCAAAUAGAAGGGCUUAAGUGGCUAGUAGGGCUGUACGUGAAGGGACUCAACGGGAUAUUGGCAGACGAAAUGGGCCUGGGAAAGACGUUUCAGACAAUCAGCUUCCUGGCGUACCUGAAGGAGACGCACAACGUUAACGGCCCGCACAUGGUGCUGGCGCCGAAGUCGACAAUCGGAAACUGGAUAUCGGAAAUCAACCGAUUUUGCCCCUCACUGAGAGUGCUCAAGUUCGUGGGAAACAAGGAGGAGAGGGCGAUACUAGUCGCCACGGAGUUGGAUCCAGACAAAUAUGACAUAUUCGUGACAUCGUACGAAGUGUGCUGUAAGACGAAGGGGCCACUAGGUAAAUUGAACUGGAAGUACCUGAUCAUCGACGAGGCACAUAGAAUUAAAAACGAGGAGUCGAAGCUUAGCGAAGUGGUUAGAAUGUUUAAGACGGAGUACAGGCUGCUGAUCACGGGAACGCCGCUGCAGAAUAACCUGAAGGAGCUGUGGGCGCUGCUUAACUUCCUGUUCCCAAUAGUCUUCUCCUCCUCAGAGGAGUUCGAAACGGUGUUUGACCUGGUAGGCCCGAAGGACCUGAGCCAGGCAGAUCGCGAGAGCAGGAACCUGCAAAUAGUAGCGAGGCUGCACGGAGUGCUGAGGCCGUUCAUGCUGCGACGCUCAAAGAGGGACGUACUGACAGACAUGCCCCCGAAGAACGAGCUGCUGCUGAUGGUGCCCCUCUCGACGAUGCAGAAGCAGCUCUAUAGAGACCUUCUGCGAAAAAACGUCCCAGAGCUGGGAGUAGAGGACAGUACGAAGUCAGGAAUGCAAGUACAACUGCUAAAUUUGGCAAUGCAGUUAAGAAAGGCGUGUAAUCACCCAUAUCUGUUCGAGGGCUACGAGGACAGGAACGAGGACCCGUUCGGAGAGCACCUGGUCCAAAACUCGGGAAAGCUGUCACUGGUGGAUAAGCUGCUCAACAGACUGCUGGGAAACAAUAGCAGAGUGCUUAUCUUCUCCCAAAUGGCAAGAAUGCUGGACAUCCUGGAGGAUUACUGCAGAAUGAGGAACUACCUGUACUACAGAAUUGACGGAAACACGUCGAGCGAGGACAGAGACUCGCAAAUAAGCAGCUUCAACCACCCGGACAGCCAAGUAAACAUAUUCCUGCUCUCGACGAGAGCAGGAGGGCUGGGAAUAAACCUGGCCUCAGCAAACGUGGUGAUCCUGUACGACUCGGAUUGGAACCCGCAGGUGGAUCUGCAGGCAAUAGACAGAGCGCACCGCAUAGGGCAGAUGAAGCCAGUGUACGUGUACAGGCUGGUGCACCAGUACACAAUCGAGGAAAAAAUCAUCGAAAGAGCAACACUUAAGCUGCAGCUGGACAGCGCAGUGAUACAGCACGGAAGACUGGCGCAGAAGGAGCUGCUGCAAAUGGUCCAGUACGGAGCGGCACACAUCUUCAAGGCAGGCGACGAGGCGAUCACGGAGGAGGACCUGGACGUUAUUCUGAGCAAGGGGCAGGAGAGAGCGGAGCUGAUGAACCAGAAGUUCAUAACCAACAGCAAAAAGCACCUGCUAGACUUCAGCACGACCUCGAGCAGCAACAUCUACGACUACCUCGACGACGACGAGAACGAGGAGGACAAGGAGGCGUGGCGUAACCUGGAGGCGCUGAAGGUGCAGAACGAAACGCUGAUCGAACGCGAGUCGCGAAGGAAGCUGAGAAUCGCAAAGGAGCAGAUGGAGCUGUACGGGUCGACGAAGUCGGACAAGCCGCUGAUGCUGCCAGAGUACCAGUUCUUCGAUAACGCAAGACUGGUGAUGCUGCACAAGCAGGAGAUGGAAGGCGGCUUGACGGAGCACGAGCAGCAGUACAAGGACGAACUGCUGUCGAGAGGCUUCUCGAAUUGGUCGAGAAAGGACUUCAACAACUUCAUCAAGGCGAACGUUAUGUACAGUAGAUAUGAUAUAAAGUCAAUAGCGUCAUUUAUUGACGGAAAAACGUACGAAGAAGUGGAAGAAUACAGUAAAACGUUCUGGGAAAAGUAUACCACACUCCCAGAUUGGCCCAAGUACAUAAAAAAAAUAGAACAAGGAGAGGAAAAUCUGUUAAAGGUGUAUCAACUUCACCAGAUGAUACUGACGAAGCAGAGGCAAGUAAGAAACCCCUGGGUUGGAACGGAGACACUAUUCUCCUCGCACCGAGGCAAGUCAAACUUCUCGGAGGAGGAGGAUCGGUACCUGAUGAACGUGAUAUCACUCUUCGGCUAUGAGAAAUGGAAUGUGAUAUCAGAGUUUAUCAGACUUGACCCGAAGUUUCAGCUGAAUCUGUUCUUCAGAUCGAGAAAUUGCAUCGAUAUUUCAAAGAGGGCGGACUACAUAGUCAAGCACAUAGCAAAAGAGGUACACACAUAG